AUGAGUUGGAAUCUGCUAGAGCGCUUUAUAGAAUCUGAGCACUUCAACCAAGAUCCGAGCCUCGCAGUAGCAUACCUUGCCCGGUAUGCAGAUCACGUCGGAAUCCACUAUGUGCUCUGUUCGAAGCUGCGCCAGUUCGCCUACGAGGAGCUCGAGUUCUUCCUCCCGCAGCUAUGUCACCUGCUCAUCAGCAUCGACAAUGAGUCCAUGGCUCUGGAGGAAUUCAUAAUAGACUUGUGCGAGGAGUCGGUCAACGGCGCGCUUCUGACAUUUUGGCUGUUCCAGACAUAUCUCCACGAUCUCGCAAGCGCCCCCAACUCCAUCGCAUUCAAGACAUGUCGCCGAAUAUACAAUAGAGUCCAGCGCAUCGUCUUCGGAUCCGCCGAGCCGCAGCGCCGAGAGAAGAUCAAGGAGAACGUACUCCCCGUCACCGUGCUCUCUAGUCUGGUCCUUGCGAGCAUAGCCGCGCCCUUUCUCCCAGCUCACGCCGGCCCUCUGGCAAUUGCGCAGGCGCGGAAACCCAGACCCGUCGAGGACAUUAUCUCGGAUAACGUGCAGACAGCCAAGGUCGGAAGGAGCAAGACUGUCACUGGAGGAUCGUCAAGAAGCAAGGAGAAGAGGGUAGCAGCCCAGCACUCAGACCCCGAAGAUGGGCGCUCGAUCAAGGCUUCGUCUUCGCGACCCCGCGACCCCAAAGAGCUGAGGAAGGCGGCAGCGCGGCCACCAGCUGCUCAACGGGCCCCUUCGAUGCAACACCGCCCUUCAUUGUUGUCAAUAGCAUCAGAAGCCCGGCUCAGCUCGUCAUCGUUACCCGACUUCCGAGACGGCAAAUCGUCCCCCCUCCCUACUCCCCCAGCGACUGCCGGUUUAGGACCAGGCCCACUUCAACAUGGCUUACGCAAAUCCGGACUACCACCAAGGCCUCUUACACCUACUGCAUUGACCCGUACCCAGAAAAUUCGACUUCUACGAUCCAACUACUUCCGCAACGAAACUCAGUUCCUGAGCGCUCUCGAGGACAUCUCAAAUCGCUUGGUUGUUGUUCCAAAACCCGCACGGUUGAGCGCGCUGAGAGCUGAGCUAGCAUUGAUAGAUCAGGACUUGCCAGCCGAAGUAGACAUACCUCUAUUAUCGCCUCCGACUCUCAAGGACGGGAUCCCAUCGCAAAGCCAGCAUCACCGUAUAGUGCGCAUAAACCCUGCGGAAUCAACUAGUCUCAACAGUGCAGAGCGAGUACCUUACCUGCUCAUGGUUGAGGUUCUGGAGGAGGAUUUUGAUUUCGACCCAGACACUGAACAGAAUCAGCAGCUGCUCGAAAAGUUGAUGCUAGAGAAGGGCACCUCGAGAAGACGUCUUUUCGACAUUACCAAUGCCGAGUAUCUUGCAUUCGAUCGCACACCGCCCAACGGAUCCGAUAGUGUGUUUGAGCCUGCUACUGGAGACCUGGGUAGUACCUCACUCAUCAAGGAUAUGGAUGAGAACGACAUUGCGUCUGGAAUGGCGCGCGUGACAUUACCUAGUGCAACCGCCAAUGGGAAAGCCACGGCCCCAAGGUCUUCAAGCGGAGCGAACACUCUAUCUUCAGUGGCUACCCUUUCUACGCCACGAACGUCCGACUCGCAAAUCAGCAGAUCGAACAGCCCUGGCCCUAUCAGGCGUAUGACAGUUCCAGCAAACCUCAAUUCACGGAACCAGGCCGUCGACCAACCAGACUUCUCGGCCCUCGCAACCCACAUGCGCACUGCUGCUCAGAUGCUCGCACAACUUGAAGCAAGCGGCGCAAAACGGCCAAAGGGCGAGGUGGCAGCCAUCAAAGCCAAGAUCAUUGCUAGUAUGCAGACAUUGGAAGAGCAAAACUUCUUGAACGAGGAUCAGGGACCAACAUUCGACACAAUCAUGGCAGAAUCAGAUCCAACAGCAAUCACAGGCGAACCAGAAGAACUUGAAGAUGGUCUGCCGGUCGCGACCAACUCAGGUGCAGGUGCAGCUCGUAUGGAGAACGAUCUCAAGACGGGUGGUAUGCGGCGGAAGGGUGACCGUGACGAUCCCAGUGCCGCGACUUUCGGUGAAGAAUGGAGUGCAAAACGAGAACGGAUACGACGGUCCUCACCAUACGGCCACAUGAAGAACUGGGAUCUCAUCAGUGUCAUUGUCAAGACAGGUGCCGACUUACGUCAAGAAGCCUUUGCCUGCCAGCUCAUCGACGUUUGCACCAAGAUUUGGGAAGAAGCAAAUGUACCCGUCUGGACAAAACGCAUGCGCAUUCUCGUCACAGGCGAAUCCUGCGGACUCAUCGAAACCAUUACAAACGGCGUGUCUCUCCACUCGUUGAAGCGAAGCUUAACACUAGCCAGCAUAGCAGCAGGCACCAACCCCCGCAAACGCAUCGCAACCUUGAAAGAUCACUGGCUCAAGACCUUUGGCGAACCAGACUCGGAAGCUUAUAUUGCGGGUGUAGGUUGUUUUGCCCGCUCCCUCGCUGCCUACAGCAUGAUUUGCUACGUGCUGCAGCUCAAAGAUCGCCACAACGGCAACCUCCUCAUCGACAACAUGGGCCACAUCAUCCAUAUCGACUUUGGUUUCAUGCUGUCCAACAGUCCCGGCAGCAUGGGUUUUGAAGCCGCGCCUUUCAAGCUAACGCAAGACUACGUUGACGUGCUAGGUGGUGUGACAGGCCCUGCGUUCGAAGAAUUCAAGACGUUGUGUAAAAAGGCGUUCCAGGCGCUGAGAAAGGAUGCGGAGAGGCUGAUUAUGCUAGUUGAUCUUAUGAGUAAGAACAGUAGUAUGGAUUGUUUCAAGGCGGGUGCGCAGACUGUGACGAACAGUCUAAGGGCGAGGUUGAUGCUGCAUUUGAGUAGGGAGGAGGCUGAAGGGUUCGUCGAGGAGCUGGUUGCGAAGAGUGUGGGAAGUUAUUAUACCCGACUUUACGAUACUUUCCAGUACCGCACACAAGGCAUAUAUUAA